CCCUGGAAAGGGGGGAGACAUUUCUCUGAGUUGGACCCAGGAAACUGAGUUGGGCUCAGAGAUGCUUCCUGUCCCGCUGAGUGACCAGACUGAGGGAAUUCCCGCGUAUAUGAAGCAGAGAGAAACGUGGCGGUUCCAAAAGAAGAAAACACUUUGCAUGAUAAAAUACUUCCCUUGCAGAUGAUUAGAACUUGAAAAUGGCAGCCCAACAAUCAGCAAUAUCUGUGGUCUUGUUUCUGUGUGGAGCUGGAUUAGGAUUUCUCUGCUGCUCUGUCCUGAUUAAUGUAAAUGGCACACUGGUAAUGCAGUUCUUGAAUUAUCAACGUGGAGCCGUAAAUGAUUCUGACAACCACCAACAGCCAUCUCUUAAUGGAAUGAUGAAAUUUAGCUUCAGUCAACAUACAGAUUUAAUUGAGGGGAGUGGAAGUGAGGAACCAAGUAGUGCAGAUGAAAACAGAAGCCUUGCUGAUGAUUUGUAUAAGAGAGUGCGAAUCCUGUGCUGGGUGAUGACUAGUCCCCAGAAUCUUGAAAAAAAGACCAAACAUGUCAAAGCCACCUGGGUUAAAAAUUGUAACUCUGUGCUUUUCAUGAGUUCUAAAGAAAACAAAGAUUUCCCUACAGUGGGACUGGAUGUUAAAGAAGGCAGAAAUGAGCUGAACUGGAAAACUGUCAAAGCUUUCAGAUAUAUUUCUGACCAUCACUUGAAUGAAGCUGAUUGGUUCUUGAAAGCAGAUGAUGACACAUACGUUAUUGUUGAAAAUCUUCGUUGGCUAUUAUCAAAGUACUCUCCAGAUCAACCCAUAUUCUUUGGAAGAAAAUUUAAGCCAUUUGUGAAGCAAGGAUUCAUGAGUGGUGGAGCUGGAUAUGUACUGAGCAAGGAAGCAGUGAAAAGAUAUGUUGAUAUCUGCAAGACUGGUAAAUGCAGUUAUUCUACAGUUCAAGAAGAUGUGGCCAUUUCAAAGUGUUUGGCGGGUCUUAAUGUAUCAGCUGGCGACUCCAGGGACACAAAUAAAAGGGAAACCUUUCAUCCUCUUCCGCCAGAGCAUCAUUUGAUCAAAAAAUAUAUACCACAAUCAUCCUGGUACAGAAAGUAUUGCUUUUAUCCCAUUACAGAGGGGCCUGGAUGCUGUUCUGAUCUGACAGUGUCAUUCCACUAUGUCGAUCCUGUGAACAUGUAUCUGUUAGAUUACUUGACUUAUCAUCUCCGACCAUACGGCUACAAGUAUAGAUAUUAUCCAGAGUCUGCAGCAAAGGAAUUGAAGGAGACAUAGAUUUCUGUGAAACUUCUGUUCAAAUUUAUGUUAGAAAUGAAUGGUCAACAAAAAUGUUUUGGAGAUUUGAGUUUUGCGCAAAUUACACUGGACAACACAGCAACAUAAGUAAUUAUACGGCAUGAUUGUAAACAAUCACAUAUGGAUAUCAGUGGGAUUUUUCUUUCUUUUACUACUGGCUUGAAAACAAGCAAUUACAUUUGUAUCAUGAUAAAUAAAAUAUGUGUAUUCAUUCAUGACUCCAUGGGAAACACUGUACAUAGUCUUGGCUGCAUUGAUGUUUAAAUGAGGAUAAGAAGGGCCUGUAUUAAAGCUUUAUUUUUGGAUUUGCUGCAUUCUUUCAGCAACAGCCUGGCAACAUUAUAUCUGGUCUCAUUGAUGCUUGUUAGAAGUAAAACUAUUUAGAGUUGUUGCUUACUAUCUUGCUGAAAGAUAUGAUUAUUGGGUACAAACAUGAUUUGACUUUCCUGUAAGCCUUUACUGUAUGGAUUCACACUCUAGACACUCUUUUCCCCACAAAAAUGAAUGGAGACCUGUAACAGUUACAGAAUGGGACCACAAGCAGACAUUGCAAUACAUAUUAGGAGAGCAACUUGUUUUAAGAACCAUAAAAAAAAUGUUGCCAUUGCACGAGUGGCCCAAGGAGAUAAAGAAAUCCAUGGUAUACAUAAAACAAUUUUGAUUUAAAGUUUAGGAUUAAUUAUGGGGGAA